AUGCGUGGCACCGGUUCCAUGCCCAUCGGCUAUCGAUGGCGCUCGUCCAAGUGGUUCAUCAUUGGCACGAUCUGCAUCGCUCUGUUCGCGGACACCUUCCUCUAUGCCUUCCUGGUUCCCAUCCUGGGCUACAUGUUCGAGACCCGUCUCCAUAAGGACUUCUCCGAGCUCCAGUGGUAUACGUCGGCCAUCCUUGCCCUCCAUGGCUACAUCUGCGCGCUCUCGGGGGUCUUCAUCGGCCAUUUUGCCGACAAGUCCGCCAACCGCAGGACGCCCCUGGUGAUCUCGCUCAUCGGGUGCAUCAUCGGCACGUUCAUGAUCGCCUGGUGCAGCUCUCUCACCGUCCUCUUCGCGGGUCGCGUCUUGCAGGGGAUCGCCGGGUCCGUCGUCUGGAUCGUCGGCCUCGCGACCAUAGCCGACACCGUCGAGCAGGAUGCCAUCGGCACAUCCAUGGGCUUUGCCAUGUCCUUCGUCAACGCCGGCAUGAUCAGCGGACCCAUGACCGCUGGGCUGCUGCUGGAGCUGGUGGGAUACUGGGCGACAUGGUCCGUCCCGUUGUUGGUCUUGGCCAUCGACGUUACCAUGCGAAUGGCGAUGAUCGAAACCCGGGUACCGCCCCCUUCAGCAGAAGAGACCGCGAGUCUUCUUCCCGACGCCCAGUCAUCCUCUACUACGGCCACUGCCACUACUACUACUACUCCUGCUCCCACCCCAGAAUCCAACUUCUGGUCCGUCAUGCUCUGCGACAGCCGCCUGAUCGUAGCGCUACUAGCCCAGAUCACCAGCGUCUCCAUCAGCGUAGGCUUCAGCGCCACGCUCCCCUUACACGUCCAGCAGGUCUUCGGCUGGGGCACCUCCCUCGUCGGUGUCGCAUUCGCCUAUCUCACCGUCCCGGGUAUAGUUUUUUCUCCCGUAUCCGGCUGGCUCCGCGAUCGCGUCGGCAUCCGAGCCCCCUCCGUCGUCGGAUUCAUCGUCCAAGGGAUCCUCCUGUCCCUCCUAGGCAUGGUGGGAGACGACCGCUUUCCUUGGGCCGGGGGUCGGGAGCACGGCCCUGCGCUGUACUCCGCAACUCUCGUUGCUCUCGGAAUUGUGCGGCCGUUUGGGUCUGGUGUUGCGACGCUUGAAGCAACCGCGGUAGUCAAAGAGUACGAAGAAAAACAACCCGGGAUAUUCGGCCCCGGAGGCGGGCUCUCGCGCGUGAUGUCCAUGACAGAGAUUGCAGCCUGCCUGGGCUUAGCUUUCGGGCCGAGCAUCGCAGGGUAUCUCGUCGAGACGAUGGACUAUGCUGUUAUGAACUGGUUCUGGAGUGCGACGUGUCUUGUCAUGGCUACUUUGAUAUACUGUUUUCUGGGGACUGGACAGGUUGAUGGACAUGUCGAUGGACAGUGUGUUGAUGGACACAGGCAGAAUGAGUAACUGUGAUGGUAUCCUGAGGGCGAUUAUCUUCGCUACUGUCACAGUUGGAAGUAUAUACAAGUGGUCUACCGUAGUAGGAGGAGACUUGCAAGUCAACAAAAGCUACUCAU